CGGCAGUUUUGGUCUGACAGCCAGUGGACAUGGCACGCCGAAUUCACACUGACACAAACAUUAACAUAAGGGAAAUGACGACAACAUAACCAAGAGCCGCCCCAAGACCACCACACACACAGGCUGUCCACACAUGCACACAAUACGAUGAAGGACGCGCAAGAAGUAUUCUAAUUGGCGAUUCCGAUUCAGCAGACGCACACGUCACUAUGGCACAAUGAGAUGACACAGCAGCCCGCCAUAGGGCCCGUACCCAGUAUGAGUGCCUCUUGGACACGCAAUCGAAUCGAGAACAAAUACACCGACACCUGGCCCGACCGUCGUACGACGUUUCCCCAUCGGAGGUCAGUUGGCGCAGCCGGGGUUGCAACUAGCCCAACAACCCGAUGAGGUGCAGCUGAAGGAGAGAGCCAGUCAGCCAGAUGAGCCAUGCACAUACUGUGUCAGAUACCAGUGGCGCUGACCUGCUGCAGCAGGGUGGAAGGCGGCGCAGAGGUGCAUCGUCUGGGGCCUCGACACACCCGGGAUUGCAAUUUGCCCAACAAGACGGUGAGCUGCAGGAACUGCAGCACUGUAGGCGUCGCACAGGUGUGUCGUCGUGGGCACAGCCAGGGUUGCAGUUCGCAAAGCAGGAAGGCGUAGUGCAGCUGCAAAGAUAGCACCACAGAAAAGCAGGCAGGUGAAUAGAGAGGGGGCAAUUCAUCGAUGGAAAAGUACCCGCUACAGCACUGCAGGCGGCGCAGAGGGGCGUCGUCGCCUGCACGAAGGAACGGCGAGGGAACGCACAGCAUGACAUCGUGUGAACAGAUGGACGGAAGAGUGCUCGUGCGUCGUCGUGCGCGUGUGGCUGACCUUGGUGGACGUCGUUUGUCUGCUGGCCACUCAGUCGCCCCCGCAGCGCAGUCCCGCCAGACACCUCCUGAGCCAAUGUGCACAACAUACAGCUGACACACUGUGCCGCACGUGUGAUUGCGUCCCUCCCUCACCUGUCCGAGUGCAGCACUCGUCAACACAACAGCCACAAAGAAGCAGGCACACCACAUGAGCGUCAUGACGACAGAGAGGAGCGGUU